CAUCCCUCUCCCUCCCUCUCUCAAAGGUCUGGUGGAGUGUGUGGGUGUGGGGGGAAGAGCAACUCAGAUCUAAGUUGUGCAGAAAAGGUUUUGUUUUGUUUGUUUUUUAAAAAGUUCAGAUGUAUUUCUCCCCUGCAGUGGAAGCCCUCUGACACUUAGUGAGUACUAAGCACGCUGCUUAGGCACUGGGGAGAAAAAUGAUUUCCCGUGGAAAUAUCCCCACCUGGAGAAUGGGAUUCUGCAUAGUAUCCUUGCUGGCUCUCUUUUCUUCUUGCUACGCACAAGAUGCCAGUGCAGAGAAAGAGCCCAGGGCUGAAGAAAUCCCGGAGGGAGCAUCCACCUUGGCAUUUGUGUUUGAUGUGACUGGCUCUAUGUAUGACGACUUAGUUCAAGUUAUUGAAGGGGCAUCUAAAAUUUUGGAAACCUCUCUGAAAAGACCUAAGAAACCACUUUACAACUUUGCUUUGGUGCCUUUCCACGAUCCAGAAAUUGGCCCAGUGACAAUUACCACAGAUUCCAAGAAAUUUCAAUAUGAACUCCGGGAACUUUAUGUUCAGGGUGGUGGUGACUGUCCAGAGAUGAGCAUUGGUGCAAUCAAAAUUGCUCUAGAAAUUUCUCUGCCUGGUUCUUUCAUCUAUGUAUUUACUGAUGCACGAUCCAAAGAUUAUAGGCUGACACAUGAAGUACUGCAGCUCAUUCAGCAGAAGCAGUCACAGGUUGUAUUUGUGCUGACUGGAGACUGUGAUGAUAGGUCACAUAUUGGUUACAAGGUCUAUGAAGAAAUUGCCUCAACAAGUUCUGGUCAAGUUUUCCAUUUGGACAAAAAGCAAGUUAAUGAGGUAUUGAAGUGGGUAGAAGAAGCGGUGCAGGCCUCCAAAGUGCAUCUCCUAUCCACAGACCAUUUGACCUUGGCAGUAAAUACUUGGCAAAUUCCUUUUGAUCCCAGUCUGAAAGAGGUCACAGUGUCACUGAGUGGCCCUUCUCCAGUAAUUGAAAUUCAUGAUCCAUUAGGUAAGCAGAUGGGGAAAGGAUCUGGCUUGAAUGAGUUGCUAAAUAUCCAUAACUCUGCAAAGGUGGUGAAUGUAAAAGAUCCAGAACCUGGAAUGUGGACGAUUAAGACGUCCAGCAGUGGAAGGCACUCUGUUCGUAUAACAGGUCUCAGUACUAUUGAUUUUCGAGCUGGUUUUUCUAGAAAGCCAACACUAGACUUCAAAAAAGCAUCCAGCAGACCAGUGCAAGGAAUACCUACCUAUGUGCUAUUGAAUACAACAGGGAUCUCUCUUCCAGCUAGAGUGGACCGUCUAGAACUUCUGAGUAUCACAGGGGAGCUUCUUAAGACAAUGCCUGUGAAAUACUAUCCUGAUCGAAAACCCUAUGGAAUAUGGAAUUUUACUGAGUUCAUCCCACCAAAUGAAGCCUUUUUUGUUAAAAUAAUGGGGUAUGACAAGGAUGAUUAUCUCUUCCAGAGAGUGUCAAGUGUUUCGUUUUCUAGUAUUAUUCCUGAUGCUCCAAAAGUUAUAAUACCCAAGAAAACUCCAGGAUACUACCUGCAGCCAGGGUAUAUAUCUUGCCAUGUGGAAAGUCUUAUACCUUUUACUCAGCAUUUCAGCAGAAAUGGAAUAAAACUGGGAAUGGAUCAGUUCUUCAGAGAAUCGUCUAGCGUGAACUGGGAAAUUGCCAAGGUCUCCUUGUCUGAUGAAGGAUAUUAUGAAUGCAUUGCUAUGAGCAGUGUGGGCACUGGAAGUGCUCAGACAUUUCUGGAUGUAUCAGAGCCCCCACCUGUGGUUCAGGUUCCUAAUAAUGUCACCGUCACCCCUGGGGAGAGAGCCAUAUUGACCUGCCUAACCUUAAGCACAGUGCGUUACAAUCUCACCUGGCAGAGAAAUGGCAAUGACUUGAGGCUUGUGGAGCCCUCCCGAAUAAGGAUGAUGAGCAAUUUGUCUUUAGAAGUAAAAUCUGUAAAGCUCACAGAUGCUGGCGAGUACAGUUGCACUGCCUCCAAUGAAGGUGGAUCGACUGUGGCUUCUGUCUUCCUCACGGUACAAGAACCACCCAAAGUUGUCAUAUCACCUAAGAAUCAGUCUUUUACAGAAGGCUCCGAGGUGUCUAUAAUAUGUUCUGGAACAGGUUAUCCAAAGCCAAAGAUAGUCUGGACACACAAUGACAUGUUUAUCAUGAGAUCAAACAGAUAUAGGUUGACCCCAGAAGGCAGCUUGAUAAUCAAAAAGGCUGUUCCAAAAGACGCAGGACUUUAUGGUUGUUUGGCCAGUAACUCAGCUGGGACAGAGAGACAGACUUCUACCCUCACAUUCAUUGAGGGCCCAAAGUUGACUGUAGUUCACAGUGAAAUUCUGGUUGCCCUUGGAGACACGACUGUAAUGGAAUGUAAAACCACUGGGAUCCCACCUCCUCAAGUUAAAUGGUUUAAAGGUGACCUAGAGUUGAGGGCGUCGAUGUUUCUUAUUAUUGAUUCUAAUCGGGGUCUUUUGAAGAUCCAGGAAACACAGGAUCUGGAUGCUGGUGAUUAUACUUGUGUGGCCAGCAAUGAUGCAGGAAGAGCAUCUGGCAAGAUAACUUUAGAUGUUGGUUCUCUCCCAGUUUUCACACAGGAACCUAGUGAUGAAUCUGUGGAUAUUGGAUCAAACGUGACACUGCCUUGCUAUGUUCAGGGUUACCCAAAACCAAAGGUUAAAUGGAGACGGUUGGAUGGCGCGCCUCUUUUCUCCAGACCCUUUGCAGUUAGUUCCAUCAGUCAGCUCAGAACGGGUGCCCUCUCUAUUAACAAUUUGUGGGUCAGCGAUGAGGGAACUUACAUCUGUGAAGCUGAAAACCAAUUUGGAAAGAUCCAGUCACAGCCAGCCACAAUAACAGUAACAGGACUGGUUGCGCCUCUAAUUGGAAUGAGCCCAGCAGUAGCCAAUGUAAUUGAAGGACAGCAGCUUACUUUGCCUUGUGUACUGCUGGCUGGAAACCCAAUUCCAGGGCGGAAAUGGAUUAAAAAUGAUAUGGUGUUGGUUCCAAAUCCCUACGUUAGUGUUCGCAGUGAUGGGAGUCUGCACCUUGAAAAAGUUCGGCUACAGGAUGGAGGGGAAUAUACUUGCAUGGCAAGUAAUGUAGCUGGGACAAACAACAAAACUACCACCGUCAGUGUAUUUGUUCUACCUAUCAUUCAGCAUGGACAGCAGAUAUUCAGUACAAUUGAAGGAAUCCCAGUAACAUUACCGUGCAAAGCAAGUGGAAUUCCUAAGCCAUCCAUCGUGUGGUCCAAGAAAGGAGAGCUGAUUUCUCCCAGGAAUAUGAAAUUUUCUGCUGGGUCUGAUGGAAGUUUGUAUGUAGUUUCACCAGGAGGAGAGGAGACCGGGGAGUAUAUGUGCACAGCAACAAAUGCGGCUGGUUAUGCAACACGGAAAGUCCAACUAACUGUUUAUGUGAAACCCAGAGUGUCCAGGCCUGGAGACCAGCAAGAAGGUACAUAUGACAAACCUAUAGAGAUUUCAAUGACUGCAGGGGAAGAUGUCACGCUUCCAUGUGAGGUGAAGAGUUUGCCGCCACCCAUGAUUACCUGGGCCAAAGAAAUGCAGCUUAUCUCUCCAUUCUCUCCAAGACACACUUUCCUUCCCUCAGGGUCAAUGAAGAUCACUGAGACACGAGUUUCAGACGCCGGAAUGUAUAUCUGCGUGGCCACAAAUAUUGCUGGGAACGUGACUCAGUCAGUAAAGCUAAACGUACAUGUUCCUCCAAAGAUACAACGUGGGCCUCGAGUUAUGAAAGUACAAGCUGGUCACAGAGUUGACAUACCGUGCAAUGCUCAAGGGAUCCCUCCCCCAACAGUCACCUGGUUCAAAGGCAGAAAUAUCAUGCUAAUAGAUGGAGGACAAUAUAUCAGCAAUCCGGAUGGAACACUGAGCAUCAGCAAAAUCCAGAUUUCAGACUCUGGAAUCUACAAGUGUGUUGCUAGUAACAUAGCUGGCAGUGAUGAAUUGGAGAUAACGAUACAAGUUCAAGAACCUCCUACAGUAGAUGAUCUUAAUCCUCCUUACAACACUCCAUUUCAAGAAAGAGUUGCAAAUCAACGUGUUGCAUUUCCAUGUCCAGCAAAAGGCACCCCAAAACCUGUCAUCAAAUGGUUACGUAAUGGCAGGGAGCUGACUGGCAAUGAGCCGGGCAUUUCAAUUUUGGAGGAUGGGACACUGCUUAUCAUUGCUUCAGUUACACCGUACGACAAUGGAGAAUACAUCUGCCUAGCAGUGAAUGAAGCAGGAAGCACAGAAAGAAAAUACAAUCUGAAGGUUCAUGUCCCUCCUGAAAUUCAAGAUCAAGAAAAGGUGACAAAUGCAUCUGUAGUGGUUAAUCAGCCUGUGAAUCUCUUCUGUGAAGUGUCAGGCAACCCCUUUCCCAUCAUCACAUGGUAUAAAGAGGAUGUCCAGGUUGCGGAAAGCAGUACUCUCCAGAUUUUGCACAAUGGGAAGAUACUGAAGCUCCUUAAGGUUGCUGCUGCUGAUGGUGGACAGUAUUCAUGCAAAGCAACUAACAUAGCAGGGAGUUCUGAGAAGCUAUUUAAUGUAGAUGUGCUAGUUCCACCAAGCAUAAAAGGUGCUGACACGCCAGGGGAAGUUUCAGUCACCCUCAACCAAGAGACCAGUCUGGAGUGCAAAGUCAAAGGCUCCCCUUUUCCUGUCAUUCAUUGGUUCAAAGAUGGCAAGCCCCUUUUUUUGGGAGAUCCUAAUAUCGACCUUCUGGACAAAGGACAAGUUCUGCGCAUAAAGAGUGCUCGAAGACUCGACAAAGGACGCUAUCAGUGCAGUGUGACCAAUGCUGCUGGCAAACAAGUCAAGGAUGUCAAGCUGAUCGUCCAUGUCCCACCUACUAUUAAAGGAGGAAAUAUUACUACUGAGAUAUCCACAUUGCUCAACAGCUUAAUAAAGCUGGAAUGUGAAACCAGGGGAAUCCCAGCCCCUUCCAUUACAUGGUACAAAGAUGGACACCCAAUUAUUUCAAGUCCACAAGCUCUUUAUGUGGACAGGGGGCAGUUCCUUCAGAUUCCUCGGGCUCAAGUCUCAGAUUCUGCUAAGUAUACCUGCCUGGUGAUCAACAUUGCUGGCACUGCUGAAAAAAUAUAUCAAGUGGAUGUCUAUGUUCCUCCGGUUAUUGAGGGUGGCUCUGACACAGUCCAGAACAAGCAGGUGGUUGCUGGCAAUUCACUGACAUUGGAGUGUAAAGCUGCUGGCAACCCCCCUCCUCUCCUUACCUGGUUAAAAGAUGGAGUGCCUGUGAAAGCAAGUGAUAACCUCCACAUUGUGUCUGGUGGGAAGAAACUGGAGAUCUUGAAUGCUGUAGAGGCCGAUCGUGGCCAGUACAUAUGUGUGGCCACCAGCAUAGCAGGAGAAAAAGAAAUCAAAUAUGAUGUUGAAAUCUUAGUCCCACCACUUGUGGCAGGGGGAGAGGAACCUUCAAACUACAUUGUGAUCCUUCAUAGCCCUCUGGAGCUGGAUUGUCCGGCAACAGGAACCCCUCCACCGACUAUCACGUGGUUGAAAGAUGGCCAGCCAAUUGAAGAGGGAGAUGGAUAUAAGAUCUUAUUAAAUGGACGCAAACUUCUCAUCUCCCGGGCUGAAGUGUUGGACACAGGCCGCUAUAAGUGUGUGGCAACAAACAAGGCAGGAGACCAUGAAAAGGAAUUGGAUAUUACUGUGCAUGUUCCUCCAACAAUCAAAUCCACUGGCCCUUCUGAGAGAGCUGUGGUAGUAUACAAACCCAUGACAUUGCAAUGUGUAGCCAAUGGUAUUCCCAGUCCUUCCAUUAUGUGGUUAAAAGAUGGCCAGCCUGUAAACACAGCCAGAGGAAAUAUCCGACUGGAGUCUUCAGGCCACAUUCUGCAAAUUGCCAAGGCCCUCCUGGAAGAUGCUGGUAGAUACACCUGCGUAGCAACAAAUGCUGCAGGAGAAGCCCAGCAGCACAUUCGUCUUCAUGUGCAUGAACCACCCAGUCUGGAGCAUGCAGGGAAGAUGUUAAAUGAAACAGUGGUGGUGAAUAACCCAAUCCACCUUGAGUGCAAAGCAUCUGGGAAUCCUUUGCCAGCUAUCACAUGGUACAAAGACAGUCAUCCACUCACGAGUGCUGCAAGUGUCACGUUCUUAAACAGGGGGCAAAUUGUUCAGCUUGACAGUGCCCAGAUCUCUGACACUGGCAUUUAUAAAUGUGUGGCUGUCAAUACAGCAGGAACAGCUGAACUCUUUUACAACCUGCAGGUUCAUGUCCCCCCAUCAAUUUCUGGCAGGAAUGAGAUGGUGGCAGUGGUAGUUAAUAAUCUAGUGAGGUUGGAAUGUGAAGCUAGAGGUAUCCCUACACCCAUUCUGACUUGGCUGAAAGAUGGUAGUCCUGUUUCCAGCUUUUCUGAUGGACUCCAGGUUCUCUCUGGGGGUCGUGUCUUGGCACUGACUAGUGCUCAGAUCAGUGACACAGGAAAGUAUAUCUGUGUUGCAGUGAAUGCUGCUGGGGAGAAACAAAGGGAUAUUGAUCUCAGAGUUUACGUUCCACCAAACAUUAUGGGAGAGGAACAGAAUCUGUCUGUGCUCAUCAGCCAAGCAGUGGAGCUGCGUUGCCAGAGCAAUGCCAUUCCCCCACCCAUGCUGACUUGGCUCAAAGAUGGCCGACCUUUGCUGAAAAAACCAGGCCUCAGCAUCUCUGAAGAUGGAAGUGUAUUGAAGAUUGAAGAAGCUCAGGUUCAAGACACUGGACGUUACACUUGUGAAGCCACAAAUGUUGCUGGGAAAACAGAAAAGAAUUAUAAUGUCAAUGUUUGGGUGUCACCAAGUAUUUAUGGCUCAGAUGAACUCUCCCAACUGGCAGUAAUUGAAGGAAGCCUUAUCAGUUUGGUAUGUGAAUCCAGUGGUAUUCCACCACCAAGCCUUACCUGGAAAAAGAACAGUUCUCCAUUGCUGGCUGACCCUACAGGAAGAGUCAGAGUGCUGUCUGGAGGCAGACAGUUGCAGAUUUCAAUUGCUGAAAAAUCUGAUGCUGCAUCCUAUAUGUGUCUGGCUUCAAAUAUAGCUGGAAACGCAAAGAAAGAAUACAAUUUGCAAGUUUAUGUUCGCCCAACUAUAAUGAACAGUGGGAACCACCCGUUUGAAGUUGUUGUAACUCGAGGGAAUAAUGUUUCACUGGAGUGCAAAGUACAGGGUAACCCACAGCCAGUAAUAACUUGGAUGAAAGAUGGUCGUACCCUUGUCAACGGGAGGAGAGUAGAAAUACUGAAUGAUGGAUAUCUUCUUCAGCUGAAGAACGCCCAAGUGUCUGACACUGGCCGCUACAUGUGUGUGGCUGUGAAUGUGGCAGGACUGACUGACAGGAAAUAUGAUUUAAACAUUCAUGUCCCUCCAAGUAUUGUAGGUGACCUGGAAGUGCCUGAAAACAUCAGCACUGUGGAGAAAAAUCCUGUCACUCUGAUUUGUGAAGCAUCUGGAAUUCCCCUGCCAUCCAUAACAUGGCUCAAGAAUGGAAGGCCUAUCCCCUUGAAUAGCUCUGUGAGAAUUCUGUCAGGGGGUAGGACCCUGCGUUCAAUGCAGACUAAAGUGGAAGAUGCUGGUCAGUAUACCUGUAUAGCAACCAAUGCUGCAGGAGAAGCAAGGAAACAUUUUGGCCUUUCAGUUUUAGUGCUCCCAGGAAUUGUGGGUGAGAAUAAACUGGAGGAUGUGAAAGUAAAAGAAAAACACAGUGUUACAUUAACUUGUGAAGUCAUAGGGAAUCCUGUACCACAGAUUACAUGGGUAAAAGAUGGUCAGCCUCUUACCCAGGAUGGAGAUCACCAGAUUCUGUCCAGUGGACGUUUUCUUCAAAUCACCAACACUCAAGCUGCUGACACAGGGAGAUACACAUGUGUUGCAUCCAAUAUAGCUGGUGACAAAAGCAAAAGUUACAGUCUCAGUGUACUUGUGUCUCCAACCAUUGCGGGUACAGACAGUCAUGGCAGUGCAGAAGACAUCAUUGUUAUCCUGAAUAGCCCCGCAUCCCUGACUUGUGAGGCUUAUUCAUAUCCACCAGCUACAAUUACCUGGCUCAAAAAUGGAGCUCCACUGGAAUCUAACAGAAAUAUCCGAAUUUUGCCAGGAGGGCGAACCCUGCAGAUUCUAAAUGCACAGGAGGACAGUGCUGGUAGAUACACCUGCAUAGCCACAAAUGAAGCUGGGGAAACACUGAAACACUAUGAAGUGAAAAUCUACAUUCCACCCGUCAUUAACAAAGGAGAUAUCUCAGGAAUGGGCCUGUCUCCUAAAGAAGUAAAGAUCAAAGUAAACAACAGCCUUACUCUGGAGUGUGAAGUUCAUGCGAUUCCUGCUGCUGCCAUCAGCUGGUAUAAGGAUGGACAGCCUAUUAAACCAGAUGCUCAUGUUACCAUCCAAGCCAGUGGCCGGACUCUGCAGAUAAAGGAAGCUCAGGUAUCAGACACUGGCCGUUACACAUGUUUGGCGUCCAACGUUGCUGGAGAGGAUGAAAUAGAUUUUGACGUGAACAUACAAGUUCCUCCUAGGUUCCAAAAACCUCCUAGAGCAUGGGAAGUUGGUUACACAGUAGAUACAGGCAGAGGUGGAGAAACCAAAGAUGUGAUUGUCAACAAUCCUCUUUCUCUGUAUUGUGAGACCAAUGCUGUGCCCCCUCCUGUUCUCACAUGGUAUAAAGAUGGCUACCCUCUGAGCUCCAGUGAUAAAAUACUGAUAUUACCAGGAGGCAGAGUGUUACAGAUUCCACGGGCCCAAGCAGAAGAUGCUGGGAGAUAUACAUGUGUGGCUGUAAACGAAGCUGGAGAAGAUUCCAUUCAAUAUGAUGUCCAUGUGCAAUUGCCACCAUCCAUUAACGGAGCUGAUGUUGAUCUGCCUGAAGAGGUCACUGUGCUUGUGAACAAGACCACAGUGAUGGAAUGUGUGGCAACUGGCAGCCCUGCUCCAAGCAUAACUUGGCAAAAGGAUGGCCAGCUCCUAGCAGAAGAUGACCAACACAGGUCUUUAUCCAGUGGAAGGAUGUUACAGAUCCUAAAUUCCCAAAUAACAGAUACCGGCAGGUAUGUGUGUGUUGUGGAGAACAUAGCCGGAAGUGCCAAAAAGUAUUUUAACCUUAAUGUUCAUGUUCCUCCAAGUGUUGUGGGUACUAAUUUUGAGAAUUUGACUGUGGUGGUGAAUAAUUUCGUCUCCUUGACCUGUGAGGUUACUGGCUUCCCACCUCCUGAUCUCAGCUGGCUCAAAAAUGGAAAACCUAUCAGCUUGAAUGCUAAUGCUCUCAUUGUGCCUGGUGGUCGGACUCUGCAAAUUCCUCGAGCCAGAGUCUCAGAUGGUGGUGAAUACAUUUGUAUAGCCAGAAACCAAGCUGGAGAAAGCAAGAAAAAGAGUUUCCUUACUGUUUAUGUCCCCCCAAAUAUUAAAGACCAGAGUGGAGCAUCUCUUGCAGUGGUGACUGUGAAAGUGGGAAUCCCAGUGACCUUAGAGUGUGAGUCCAAUGCAGUCCCACCACCUGUUAUCACAUGGUACAAGAAUGGACGCAUGAUCACGGAGUCUGCAAACACAGAGAUCCUAGCAGAUGGACAAAUGCUACAAAUCAAGAGUGCCGAGGUGUCUGACACUGGCCAGUAUGUGUGUAAAGCUAUAAACAUUGCAGGGCGAGAUGACAAAAAUUUCCAUCUUAAUGUUUAUGUUCCACCAAGUAUAGAAGGCCCUGAACAAGACUGGAUCAAUGAAACGAUCAGUAAUCCUGUCACUUUUGCAUGUGAUGCUACUGGAAUUCCUCCACCAACACUAAUAUGGCUAAAGAAUGGGAAGCAUAUAGAAAACUCUGACUCACUUGAAAUACAUAUUUUGUCUGGAGGAAGCAAGCUGCAGAUUGCCCGCUCUCAGAUUUCAGAUAGUGGAAACUACACUUGCAUAGCUUCAAAUGUAGAAGGAAAAGCGCAGAAGAGUUACAUCCUUUCCAUUCAAGUUCCUCCAAAUAUUGUUGGAUCUGAAAUGCCAAGUGAAGUCAGCGUCCUCCUUGGGGAAAGUAUCCAACUUGUCUGCAAAGCUAAAGGAAUUCCCAGACCUGCUAUUCAGUGGCUUAAAGAUGGAAACCCAGUUACCAGCAAUGAAUCACAAAGAAUAAGAGUGACUCCAGAUGGCAGCACCUUAAAAAUUUUCGGAGUGCUCAAAUCUGAUGUGGGAAAAUACACUUGUGUGGCUACUAAUCAUGCAGGAGAAGAAGAUCGAAUUUUCAACUUGAAUGUUUAUGUUCCACCAGCAAUAGCUAAUAAUAAAGAUGAAGCAGAGAAGCUAACUGCCCUACAGGAUGCCUCCAUAAACAUUGAAUGUACUGCUGUUGGCACCCCACGACCACACAUAAACUGGCUUAAGAAUGGGCUUCCUCUCUCUAUCUCAUCCCAGAUCAGGUUGUUGUCAGCUGGACAGAUUCUCAGAAUUGUGAGAGCUCAGGUGUCUGAUGUUGGUGUGUACACUUGUGUAGCAUCUAACAGAGCUGGAGUGGACAAUAAACACUAUAAUCUUCAAGUUUAUGUACCACCAAACAUGGACAAUGCAGGAGAAACAGAGGAAGUGACUAUAGUAAAAGGCAAUCCAACUUCUAUGAUGUGCUUUACUGAUGGUACCCCCACCCCCAAUAUGGUAUGGCUUAAAAAUGGACAACCCCUGAGCCUUGGAACCCAUCUGACUAUAAGUCAUCAAGGAAUGGUUCUCCACAUUUCAACGACAGAGACUGAUGACACAGGCAGUUUCACCUGUAUAGCAUCCAAUGAAGCGGGGGAAGUCAGCAAGCACUUUUCCCUAAAAGUGUUGGAGCCCCCUCAUAUCAAUGGAUCUGAUCAACCAGAAGAGAUAUCUGUGGUUGUUAACCACCUACUGGAGCUUUUUUGUAUGUCUAUUGGCAUCCCAGUCCCCAGAAUCACAUGGAUGAAGGAUGGGCGUCCACUCCCACAGAAUGACAAUGUUCAUGUCCUGAGAGGAGGAGAGGUCCUUCGACUAGCCAGUGCUCAGGUGGAAGACACAGGAAGAUAUACGUGUUUGGCAUCUAGUACUGCAGGAGAUGACGAUAAAGAAUAUCUAGUCAGAGUGCAUGUUCCUCCUAACAUUGCUGGUACCAGUGGGCCUCAGGAUCUCACUGUGCUGCAGAACAGACAAGUUAUAUUGGAGUGCAAGUCAGAUGCAGUGCCACCUCCUACGAUCACCUGGCUUAAAGAUGGAGAACUUUUACAGGCAACUCCUCGAGUCCGGAUCCUAUCCAGUGGCCGAUAUCUGCAGAUCAAUAAUGCUGACCUAGGUGAUACAGCAAGCUAUACCUGUGUGGCAAGUAACAUAGCAGGAAAAACUACCAGAGAGUUUGUGCUGACUGUAAAUGUUGCUCCCACAAUCAAAGAUGGUCCUCAAACAGUUGUUGUGAAUAUAAAUAAGUCUGUUGUUCUGGAGUGUGUUGCAGAAGGAGUGCCAACCCCAAGAAUUACAUGGAGAAAGGAUGGGGCUAUUUUUGCUGGAAACAAUGCCAGAUAUUCAGUGUUAGAGGAUGGGUCCCUGUACAUUCACACAGCACACGUUACCGACACUGGACGAUAUUUGUGUAUGGCAACCAAUGCAGCCGGUACUGAACGCAAGCGAAUUGAUCUACAAGUCCAGGUUCCUCCAUCUAUCGCUCCUGGACCCACCAAUUUUACAGUUACUGUAAAUGUCCAAACCACCCUGCCCUGUGACACCACUGGAAUCCCCAGGCCAGCAAUAAGUUGGAAGAAGAAUGGGCAUUUCCUUAAUGUUGAUCAGAAUCAGAAUACAUACAGGCUUUUAUCUUCAGGUUCCCUAAUAAUCAUUUCUCCCACUGUGGAUGACACGGCAGUCUAUGUGUGCACUGUGUCAAAUGAUGCAGGAGAGGAUCAAAGAACAAUUGAUUUCAUUGUACAAGUGCCCCCAUCCAUAGCAGAUGAAGCUACAGAUCUUUUGGUAACAAAACUGUCUCCAGCAGUAAUUUCCUGCACUGCUUCAGGUGUUCCUUUCCCCUCAAUUCACUGGACCAAAAAUGGGAUACGACUCCUUCCCAGAGGAGAUAGCUACAGGAUUCUGUCUUCAGGAACGAUUGAAAUAACUGCGGCACAGUUAGACCAUGCAGGAAGGUAUACCUGUGUGGCCCGGAAUGCUGCUGGCACUGCACACAGACAUGUUACUCUUCAUGUUCAAGAGCUACCAGCUAUUCAGGUGCAGCCAGGAACACUAGAUGUUAUCCUGAACAACCCCAUUCUUUUACCAUGUGAAGCAACAGGUACACCUCUUCCCAUAAUAACGUGGCAGAAGGAGGGCAUCAAUGUAAACACAACAGGCAAUAGUUAUACAGUUCUCCCCAGUGGUAGUUUACAGAUUGCAAGAACAGCUGUUGAGGAUGCUGGCACUUACAUGUGUGUGGCUCAGAAUCCAGCUGGUACUGCCCUAGGGAAGAUUAAGCUAAAAGUUCAAGUUCCUCCAGUUAUCAAACCUCAUUCUAAGAAAUACAUAGUUGCUGUGGAUAAAUCUGCCACUCUGCAGUGUGAAGUGGAAGGCUACCCAGUGCCUGAGAUCGCAUGGCACAAAGAAGGACAGCAGGUUACAGAGUCUUUCAGGCAGCGAAUUCUCAGCACUGGGGCUUUGCAGAUUGCAUUUGUACAGCCUGGUGACUCUGGACAUUACACAUGCAUGGCUGCAAACGUGGCAGGAUCAAACAGUUCUAGCAUGGAACUCAUUGUGCACAUUCCACCUAAAAUCCGUAGUUCAGAGGUGCAGCACACAGUCAUUGAGAAUUCCCAGGCUGUUCUGUCAUGUGUGGCUGAUGGUAUCCCAACACCAACAAUAAACUGGAAGAAAGACAAUAUACCUUUAACAGACACAAUAGGCAAAUACAGGGCUAUGCAGAAUGGAGAUCUCGUUUUGGAGAAUGCUGUUCCUGAAGAUUCUGGUAGUUAUACCUGUGUUGCCAGCAAUGCUGUUGGUGAAGAUAUACACACUGUCAGUCUGAUGGUCCAUGUGCUCCCAGCUUUCACUGAACUGCCUGGAGACAUAGCUUUGAAUAAAGGAGAACAACUCAGAUUAACUUGUAAAGCAAUUGGGACUCCAAUACCCAAAAUAACUUGGACUUUUAACAACAAUAUUGUCCCUGCAAAACUUGACAAUGCUAAUGGACACAGUGAACUAGUUAUUGAAAGAGUAUCUAAAGACGACUCUGGUACCUAUGUGUGUACAGCAGAAAACACAGUUGGCUCUAUAAAGGCUAUUGGAUUUGUGUAUGUCAAAGAGCCUCCGGUCUUCCAAGGGGAUUAUUAUUCUAGCUGGAUUGAGCCCUUGGGUGGUAAUGCUAUAUUGAACUGUGAGGUCAGAGGAGAUCCACCUCCAGCAAUCCAAUGGAGCAAAAAAGGAGUUGGCAUUCAGAUUAGUAACAGGAUCCGACAACUCAGCAAUGGUUCUCUUGCCAUCUAUGGCACUGUUAAUGAAGAUGCUGGUGACUAUACAUGUAUAGCUACAAAUGAUGCUGGCAUGAUUGAGCGCAGUGUGACACUAACGCUUCAGAGUCCUCCAGUUAUUACAGUUGAACCAGUAGAGAUGGUGGUUGAUGCUGGUACCACAGCAAUCCUGAACUGCCAAGCAAAUGGAGAACCUACUCCAACCAUAGAGUGGUCCCGUCAAGGCCAUCCUAUCCUAAGCAAUGACAGAGUGAUUGUCUUGUCUAAUGGCUCCUUGCGUAUUGUUGCAGCACAGAAAGAGGAUACCUCUGAAUAUGAAUGCGUGGCUAGAAAUCUGAUGGGAUCAAUCCUUGUCCGAGUGCCAUUCACUGUCCAAGUGCAUGGCGGAUUUUCAGAAUGGUUUGAAUGGCGACCAUGUAGUGUAACUUGUGGUCAAGGUGUUCAGAAGAGGAUCCGUCAGUGUAACAACCCUCUCCCUGCAAAUGGUGGGAGGCAUUGUCACGGGCGAGAUACAGACAUACGCAGCUGCCAGAACAAACUAUGUCCAGUGGAUGGCAACUGGUCGGAGUGGGGGUCUUGGGAAGAGUGUUCGAGAACCUGUGGACAAGGUAACAAGACCAGAACCAGAACUUGUAGUAACCCAACCACUCAACAUGGUGGAAGACUAUGUGAUGGCAAUGCUAUGGAAUCAAUCAUGUGUAACAUCAGGCCUUGUCCAGUGGAAGGUGCAUGGGGCUCUUGGCUGCCAUGGGGACCUUGCAGUGAUACUUGUGGGAAAGGUACUCAGACCAGACUGAGGCUGUGCAAUAGCCCUCCUCCAUCCUUUGAUGGGUCAUAUUGUGAGGGGCCUGAUACACAGAUGCAGGUCUGCAACAAGAGACACUGUCCAGUGGAUGGAAAGUGGGCUGCCUGGGCCAGCUGGAGUGCCUGUACUGUAUCCUGUGGAGGAGGCACCAGGCAGAGGACAAAGGACUGCUCAGACCCAGCCCCCCAGUUUGGAGGGCACAAAUGUGAAGGAAAUGACAUACAGAUUGACUUCUGCAACAGUGACCCUUGCCCCAUUCAUGGCAACUGGGGUCCAUGGAGUGGUUGGGGAACUUGCAGCCGAACAUGCAGUGGAGGCCAGAUGAGGAGAUAUCGGACCUGUGACAAUCCUCGCCCUGUCAAUGGUGGAAGAGCAUGUGCAGGGGCUGACACGCAGAUACAGAGAUGUAACACUGAUGUGUGCCCUGUGGAUGGAAACUGGGGAACAUGGCAAGCUUGGAUCAGAUGCUCUGCUUCUUGUGGAGGAGGAGAACAGACCCGAACACGACUGUGCACUAAUCCAGCCCCCUCAAAUGGUGGACGUCCUUGCCCAGGAGACUCUUCACAGCUUUCCAGGUGUAACAUCCAAGCAUGUCCAGGUGGGCCUCCACGUGCCAGAGGAAGUGUUAUUGGAAAUAUUAAUGAUGUUGAAUUUGGAAUUGCUUUCCUGAAUUCCACAGUAACAGAUAGCCCUGACUCUGACACUAGAAUAAUACAAGCAAAGAUCACAAAUGUCCCUCGGAGUCUUGGUACAGCAAUGAGGAAGCUAGUUUCCAUUCUAAAUCCUGUUUAUUGGGCAGCUGCAAAGGAAAUUGGAGAAGCAGUGAAUGGAUUUACUCUCACCAAUGCAAUCUUCAAGAGAGAGACUCAAGUGGAGUUUGCAACUGGAGAGAUUUUGCGAAUGACUCAUAUUGCCCGUGGUAUGGAUUCAGAUGGAGCAUUACUGUUGGAUGUGGUAGUGAGUGGCCAUGUUCUGCAGCUACAGUCCUCAGCUGAUGUUAGCGUGAAGGAUUACACGGAAGACUAUAUUCAGACUGGCCCUGGACAAUUGUAUGCCUACUCUACUCGGCUCUUCACCAUAGAUGGAGUUAGUGUACCAUAUACAUGGAACCACACCAUUACCUACGAUCACACUCAAGGAAAAAUGCCAUUCCUGUUGGAAACACUCCAGGCUUCCUCUAUUGCAACAGAGUACAAUCCACUAGAAGAAACACUAGCUUUUAGAAUUCAUGCUUCCAUUGCAAAAGGAGACCAUAGCAAUCAGUGUCCUGCUGGGUUUGGUCUGAACUCUACUGGGCCCUACUGUUCAGAUGAAGAUGAAUGUGGAGUGCGAAAUCCUUGUUCUCAUGCAUGUCAUAAUGCUAUGGGAACCUAUUACUGCUCCUGCCCCAGGGGCCUCACUAUAUCAGCAGAUGGAAGAACGUGUCAGGAUAUUAAUGAAUGUGCAUUAGGUGGACACACCUGCUAUGCUGCUCAGGAAUGUGAGAAUAUCAUUGGCUCCUACCGUUGUGUGGUUAGGUGUGGAAUUGGCUUUAGAAGAACAUCUGAUGGAUUGAGCUGUCAAGAUGUUAAUGAAUGCCAAGAGUUCAACUCCUGUCAUCAGCACUGCUUCAAUACCAUAGGAAGUUUCCACUGUGGCUGUGACCCAGGAUAUCAGCUAAAAGGCAGAAAAUGCAUGGAUAUAAAUGAAUGCAGGCAGAAUGUAUGCAGACCAGAUCAGCACUGCAAGAACACACGUGGUGGUUAUAAGUGCAUUGACCUGUGUCCAAAUGGAAUGACCAAAGCAGAAAAUGGAACAUGCAUUGAUAUUGAUGAAUGCAAAGAUGGUACCCAUCACUGCAGGUACAACCAGAUUUGUGAGAAUACACGAGGGAGCUACCAUUGCAUAUGUCCAAGAGGGUAUCGAUCCCAGGGAGUUGGAAGACCCUGUCUGGACAUUAAUGAAUGUGAACAAGUGCCUAAACCGUGUGCAUUUCAAUGUGCCAACACCCCCGGCAGCUUCAAGUGUAUCUGUCCACCUGGACAACAUUUAUUAGGUGAUGGAAAAUCUUGCGCUGGAUUGGAGAGGUUGCCAAAUUAUGGCGCCUAUUACAAUAACUAUAACCAUGCUCAAUUCUCCCCUGUAAGAGACAACUAUCAACCUCAACAGUAUUACAGGCAUGCCUCAGAUCUCUACAGCUCCUACUCAGAGUAUAGAAACAGCAGAAUACCUCUCUCCAGGACUAGAAGGAAUAUUAGAGAAACUUGCCCUGGAGGCUAUGAGGCACAAAAUGACAAAUGUAUAGAUAUUGAUGAAUGUGAAAACAGAGAUGCCUGUCAGCAUGAGUGUAGAAACACCUUAGGAAGUUAUCAGUGUGUCUGUCCAACUGGUUAUCAUCUUAUGCCCAAUGGCAAAACAUGCCAAGAUGUUGAUGAGUGCCUUGAACAGAACAUUCACUGUGGACCAAAUCGCAUGUGCUUUAACAUGAGAGGAAGCUACCAGUGUAUAGAUACACCUUGUCCACCAAACUAUCAGCGAGAUCCUCUUUCUGGCUUCUGUCUCAAGAACUGCCAACCUAAUGAUUUGGAAUGUGCCCUUAGCCCAUAUGCCUUGGAAUACAAACUCGUUUCCCUGCCAUUUGGAAUAGCUGCCAAUCAGGAUUUAAUUCGACUGGUUGUCUACACUCAAGAUCGAGUGAUGCAUCCCAGAACAACUUUCCUAAUGGUAGAUGAGGACCCAACAAUCCCAUUUGCUCUAAGAGAUGAAAAUUUAAAAGGCGUAGUGUUCACAACCAGGCCACUGCAAGUGCCAGAGACAUACCGGAUGAGAGUCAGAGCUUUGUCCUACAGCACUGACAGAAACAUUGAAUAUCAGACGACAUUCAUUGUUUAUAUAGCUGUGUCUGCCUAUCCAUAUUAAAAAGCACACUUCAACUAGUAAUUGAAGUAUUUUAACCAUAUUCAUAAGUGCCAGUGGGUAUUACCACUUCCAGACUCACAGUACUGCCUCCUCUUAAAAACAGUUGCAAACUUUGCAAAGUGAAAGUGGUGCUAUGCUCUUUUCUUAUGCUUUCCCUGAAGAUGCCAAUAUUUCCAUAAUUCCAACGUAAAAAAAAAUCCAUGGUUCUAAGGAGCCUUUACCACUUGCUUUAUUUAUUACACUGGAGCAGUAACUUUCCACAGAUGGUUCUGAAAAUUCACCAGAACAAAUCAGAAGUGCAAGGUGGCAUUUUAGUGGUCAAAGUAGCAGACAAAAAUCAGUCUAAUUCUAAGAAGCUAAACGAGGACUAGAUAUGUUGCUAAAUGUUUUACAAAUUUAUCUGCUGAAAAAUGAUAUUUUUCUUCCCAAAUACUUGAUAGAAAUAGGUUUGUAUGUAUGUUGUUUCAUUUGGUCAAAAAGGAAAAAUACCACUUGACACACAAAUGCUAAAAUGGAUGCCAUACUGGUGCUUAUUUUCACUAGGAAAUUUUUGAAUAGGAACCUGUGACAUUCAUGUGAUUUCAGCCAGGCCAUUACUGUUCUGAAGAAAAAAUUACACAGCUACUUUCACCUUAGACAGCAGAUAUUUUAGAAUACAAAUCUUACUCUGACAUUUUGGUAUAACCCAUUAAUUUAGCUCCAAAUCUUCCACAUUCCACUACUGCUGGUUGGUUGUUUUCAAAAAUGGACCUUUUUCCCCAAAAAAUCUAGCAAGUUUGGUUCAGCAAAAUAUUAGGUGUCAAUACACUGUAUAAAGGUGGCAACAAACUCUGGAAGUAAUUUUGUCAAGAUGUAUUCUAUUUUUAUGAAAUGUAUAUAUGUGGUUUUCCCCCAUGUGUAUUUUCUAUGCAAUAUCUUGAGUUUUUUAUAACAACAUUUUUA